AUGAAUAAUAUCUUAAUAAUUAUUCUUGCUUUUGUAAUCUCUUCUGUUUCUGCCACCGAUAGAUGGCUUGUUGGAAUCCCUCCUGAUCAGAUUGUUAAUCAAUCAUCCUUUGCGGAAAGAGCUGUUAUAUUCUAUUGCCCGACCGGAUAUUCUGAGUGUUCAAAUUCUUAUGCAUGUUGUCCCACUGGAACGACUUGUUUAUCUGAUAAUAAAUGUGAUGUCCUUUGUUCUCUCGCUGAUAUAAAUUGCGGUAGCGGUUGUUGUGAGAUAGGCCAAACUUGUGGCGAUGAUAACUUGUGUCACAAAUCCACAAUAUACAGUGGUAGUUCUAGCUCCAGUACCUAUAGCAGCUCUAAUAGCAGUAAAAAAAACAAUACUAGUAAUGGGGAGAUUAAUGGAAAAGAUAAUGAUAACAGUACAAAAAGCAAUGGCAACAGUACAACGAUCAAAAGUAAUAGUCCAACAACCAAUGGCAACAAUACAAACAUCACUAACAGCA